GGCGCUAGUCUGGGCGCUGACCCCGAUUCUAGUUCAGCGAAAAAUGACGCUGUUCGGACCUUCCAGUGAGUGGGAGUGCCAGGCCAGGCCCCGGCGAGCCAAGCCCUACGGGUGCUGACCGUCGGCGGCCAUGGAGGACGAGCAGCCCGAUAGCUUGGAGGGCUGGGUGCCGGUCCGCGAGGACCUCUUCGCCGAGCCAGAGCGGCAUCAGCUGCGCUUCCUCGUGGCCUGGAACGACGCGGAAGGCAAGUUCGCUGUGACUUGUCACGACCGCACGGCGCAGCGGCAGCGGCGGCGCGAGGGGGACCGGACGGGGCCCGAGCGCGAGCCCAAGCCCGUGCUCGAGGCCGCCGCCCCCCCGCCCAGCUGGGCGGGCCUGCUCUCGGCCUCCGGGCUCCGCGGCGCGCACCGGCAGCUGGCGGCGCUAUGGCCGCCGCUGGAGCCCUGCUUCCCGCAGCUGCCGCCAGAGCUGGACGCGGGCGGCGGCGGGGCCUGGGGCCUGGGGCGCGGGCUGUGGACGCUGGUGUGGCCGGCACGCGCGGGCCCGGGCGAGGCGGCGCUGCAGGAACUGUGCGGGCAGCUGGAGCGCUACCUGGGCCAGGCGGCCGACGGCUGUGGCGGCUCCGCGGUGCGCGACGCGCUCUUCCCGGCGGAUGGCUGCGCGGCGGACUGCGAGAGCCUACGCGAAUUUCGGGAGCGGGCCCUGCGCGCGCGGCGGGACGAGGCGGGCUCACGGCUGCGCCAGCUGCUUCGAGGUCACAAAAAAGCCAACACCAUGGUGGCAUUAAUGGAAGUUUAUCAAGAGGAAGAUGAAGCAUACCAGGAAUUAGUUACUGUGGCAACCAUGUUCUUCCAGUAUUUACUGCAGCCAUUCAGGGAUAUGCGAGAACUUGCGACUUCAUGUAAGCUUGCUAUUUUGAAGUCCUUGGAUGAGGAUGAUCUGGGUCCUAAAAGGAUCGCUGCCCUGCAGAAGGAAGCCCAAGAAUGGACCAGACGUGCUGAAGAAGCUGUAGUGUCUAUUCAGGAUAUUACAGUGAACUAUUUUGAAGAAACAGUAGAAGCAUUAGCAGGAAUGCAGAAACAAAUGGCACAAGAUGAGAAGAGAUUUGGCCAGGCUGCUUGGGCCACAGCCACUCCCAGGUUAGAAAAACUCAAGCUGAUGUUGGCUCGGGAGACACUGCAGCUCAUGAGAGCUAAAGAGUUGUGUUUAAAUCACAGAAGAGCUGAAAUUCAGGGAAAGAUGGAAGAUCUUCCAGAACAAGAAAGAAAAAAAAAUGUGGUAGAUGCAUUAGAAAUACAGUAUUAUGAAGUUCAAUUAGAACUCUAUGAGGUUAAAUUUGAGAUAUUAAAAUAUGAAGAAAUACUGCUUGUUACCCAGUUGGACUCUACUAAAAGACUCAUAAAAGAUAAACAGGAUGAAGUUGUCUACUAUGAUUCGUGUGAAAGUCCGGAGGAACUUAAAGUCAUUGAUCACGUCCUGGGACUGCGGGAGGAGAACUUGGAGGUGAAGGAACUCCGCCGGCAGUGCCAGCAGCUGGAAUCUAAACGGGGCAGGAUCUGUGCCAGAAGAGCCUGUCUCAGGAGCAGAAGGGAUCAAUGCAAAGAAAAUCAUCGACUGAGACUGCAACAGGCUGAAGAAAGUAUAAAAUAUUUUCAUCAGCAUCACAGUGUCCAGAGGAAAAGAGACAACAAAAAAGAAGAGGAGCAAAAGAAAAAAGAGUGGAUAAAUCAAGAACGCCAGAAGACACUCCAACGAUUGAGAGCCUUUAAGGAGAGAUGUCCGGGUCGGACUGCAGUCAAGGCCUCUCGCUCACAACCUGUGGCUCCACACCUGGCAGGUGGACUUCCCCAGCAGGUGUCCCCACCGCCUUCUCAGAUGGCGGCAGUAAUCCAUCCGUCCUCUAGGAAAAGCACACGGGCUCCCUCGCCCCCAGUUAGUAACGUAACCCCAGAGGGUCAAGACUGUGCUGGAAACAUCCCUGUCCAGAUUUUUGUCCCAGUUGGUGACCAGACACACUUCAAACCCAGUGAGGAGCUGUCACUGCCUCCAUCGCCUCUGCCUCCGCCACCGCCGCCACCACCACCACCACCACCGCCUCCACCCCUCCCUGCUCGGCCCUUUUCUUCUCAACCUGCAAAUCAUCGGGAUUUCCACUUCAGGACUUCAGUGAGUGAUGAGCAGCCACUUCCUCUUGUGUGUGAAUCGCCCACUCAGAGCCUGCCUGGUUCCUCAGACAGUUUGAACUGCCCAGGCUCGAUGGACCAAGUGCUGGCCUCCUUACGGCACGGCAGAGCCCCCCUCCGGAAGGUGCAGGCGCCCACUCUGCCCCCUCCCCACACCUCAGUCAAUGAGCACAUUCUGGCCGCCAUAAGGCAGGGGGUCAAGCUGAAGAAGGUUCACCAUGACCUUGGCCUGAGCCCCAGCAGGAAACCCACCAGCGACCUGGAGAGGAGCAUCAAGGCGGCGCUCCAGAGAAUCAAGCGCGUGUCCGCCGACUCGGAGGAGGAGGAGGACGAGGAGGAGGAGGAUGAGCAGGGCCCCGGCGACUGGGACCAUUAGCCCUCCUCCUCCUCCGGGGCCCCAGGCCUGUUCCAGAAAAGUGUGCCAACGGAAUGCUGGCAGACUGGCCACACGGCACCCCGAAAGUGUGGCAGGGCUCAGUGUGAGACGCUGCAGCUUUAUUUAGCGCUGUGGCUCUUAGCGUCAGGGAUGGAGGGAGAGAGGCUGUGCCUUCACACAGCUGAGGACCCUUAGCGGGCACGGCUGGCCUGAGAAAAUGGUAGUCACUGCUCACCAUGGAUAAUCGAGACUCAUUCCCUUAUUCUGAAAAACGUUUACACUGCUGCGGAAAACAGCACUACUGACCGUGCCUCCCGAGCGUGUGCAGUGGUGUCCUCAGAUUUAAAGGUUUAAAUGUGAAUGUUAUUUUAAUAAUAGAAUAAACUGCUUAUAAGCAGGCCUUUAAAUAUUUUAAAUGAAAAUGUAUUUUAUGUAUCAAGCACUAUACAAACUCAUAAUAAAGAACUCUUUCUAAUGUCA